CCAGGUAUAUCCUACAAGCGCAAGAGUCAGCAUCCUUACAAUACCCUAAAGUAGACGUGCUGUUGUUGGUUUCUCAAAUUUGUGUGGAAAUACCCUCAAGGACCAUGCCUGCCUUCAGAAACCUCGUGCUGCUGUUUCUACUUGCAUGCAUAGCGCAGCAUGUCUCCGAAGCAGGGAGUGACAAGGGUCGCGAGAAGAAGGGUAAAACAGACGGGGUUGACAGUAGCAGCGGUUCAAGAACUCCAAGAGGUAACGACAACGUGCCCAAGGGGAAGUUUACUACCAAGGACAAGGCGCAGUGCACGUGGAAGGCAGAGGGCACGGACACUUACAUUAUGACCAUCACUUGCAAGAAAGGCAAAAAAAGUAGCGAGUGCACUUAUACCGCUAGACCUGACACUUGUCCAGGUUAUUCUGGCAAUACCAAAGGAUACUGGAAACAAAUUGCACGUGAUCUUAAGAAGCAAAAGAAACUGUGCCAAGAUCCUGGCGCUCUUAUCAAGGCUGGUAUGUGUAAGCGCGCGCCACAGGACGCACACUUCAAGCUCGAAGACGCAACACCAAACGUGGACUUGACAAAAGUCGUGGAACAGAGAAAGCCAGUCGAUGGUAAGGAACAGGUGUCGACGUCUACAAAGAGGACAACCACAGUCUCUGCGCCAGUAGGAGCAAAGGAUACGUCCUGCACAGAGCGUGUCGAUCAUAAGAAGCUAGCCGAGGAAAAAUGCGGGAGCUGGGCUAGUCUCUGUAACUUCCUCUUUACCAUUGUACAAAGUGGGGACUGCUAGUGUUUUCACUGCCUCUGUGUUUGUUUGUAUGUUUGUUUGUUUGUUUGUUUGUUUGUUUGUUUGUGUGUGUGUGCGCGCGCGCAGGUGUGCGCCUGUGUGAGUGAGAUAGAGGUUUUUCAAUGCAUACAUGUCGAAAAGUUCCGAAAUUUGCACCCAUAGCACUGCAAUAUGCUGAAAAGCUUAUUUUUUUCACUUGUUCUUAAUGACUUAUUCGUUUUCAUUAUCAGUAUAAUAUAGAUCUAAAAAGUAAGACAUCAAUAGCACAACUAUAACCAAAUACAUGUCAAAUGAUGUAUGCUGAUUUUGCUUCGAUGUUGUACUUAAACCACACCACUGUAUUUAUGUUGGACAAAUACAA